GCGUCGUGGUGGAGUUUGUGUAGAGGGAGGGGUCACCAUGGAGCCGCGGCAGCGAAGCCUGAUGCUCAGUAGUUUGGUUGUCGCGGAGGACAAGGUUUGUAAGAGGACUGUGAGGCAGUACCCUGCGAGGAGUAAAAGCAAGCGGAAGUCGUUUGCGGAGCGAGAGCUCGCGGGAGCUGAUGCAUGCGGUGGCCCUUUGAAGAGAAGCUCGUCGUUUAGAGGAGUGACCAGGCACCGAUGGACAGGAAGAUUUGAGGCACACCUCUGGGACAAGAAUUGUUGGAAUGAUAAACAAAAGAAGAAAGGACGACAAGUUUAUUUAGGAGCAUACGAUGAAGAAGAGGCGGCUGCCAGGGCUUACGACCUUGCUGCGCUCAAAUACUGGGGACAGAGUACUGUUAUUAACUUCAAGUUGGAAGAUUAUCAACAACAGCUUGAGGAGAUGAGGAACAUUACCCGUGAGGAGUACCUUGCCACUCUUCGAAGAAAAAGCAGCGGCUUCUCGCGGGGAGUUUCCAAAUAUCGAGGUGUUGCUAGGCAUCAUCACAACGGACGCUGGGAAGCUCGCAUUGGUCGUGUUGAUGGCAACAAGUACUUGUAUCUCGGCACUUUCGGUACACAAGAAGAAGCCGCUCGAGCGUAUGACAGGGCUGCCAUUGAGUACCGUGGGCCAGCAGCUGUUACCAACUUCGAUCUCACGUGUUACACCCAGCAAUUGGCGCGAAAGCCCGUGCAAUCGAAGUUGGCAUUCGAGGAGGGUCAAGGCGCAAGCUCAGUCUCAGUAGGCGGCUCGUGCACUAACGAUCAGAUGUAUCCACCAAUCCCCUUAGAACAAUCAUGCGACAUGCAGUUGCUGCCGACUCUUGAUGGAGAUGAUUCCCAGCUGGUGGACAGGAAGAGCAUCAUCUUUGACAGUGGCUCUUGCAGGGACCUCUCCCAGCUCCUUCAAUCACCCUUCAGUCCAGGCUCGGACGCAGGGGGCUCGUGCAUCAAGUCAUUGACGAAACUACGGUACGCUUGCGAUGGUGGCUCAAGCAACAACCUCCAGAGCCUCGCGUACGAGGAUCCUGCUCAGAUCACAGAGUCUCGUUGUUCGUCUCAGUACCAAUACACAGACGAUAGCAUGGAGCAGGACGUGAUCUUCAACGCCAAUCCUUAUCUUACAAAUGACUUUUCCCAUCAAGAAUAUCAGAUUGUAGACGAGAAGCCCAAAAUAUGUCUAGAAGACAUCACCUAUGUCGUCAACGAAUGCAUUCCUGGGGACAAGAUCCCGGAGAUGGAGACGAGCGGCUCUAGCGUUGUGACCACCAUGAUGAUUCCGAGGGAAUCCAACUACUUGAAGAGCUUUGAGAUUGACUUCGACGACGACUCUCACACGGAAUGUGAGAGUCAGAUAGAGAGUCAAGUGGAUAAUAAUUCUUUCUGGGAUGAAUUUCUGGGGUCGAACGACCCUCUAUUGCAGGAGACCUCCUUCCCCGACGUAUUCGACGAGCAGCAGACGUUCAGGUGUCCUUCUUCUGACAGCGACUUAACUUUAACGUUUGACAUGUAGAGGAAUCGCAGUCGAGGUCAACAAAAUAUGCUUAUACUGUAAAAAGAGAGGACAAGUCUAUGUCCCGAGCCUUGCUCUUCGGAACUUUGGAGCCACACAAGACAAGUGGGCCUACCAUUUUGGUGUAUAUAGGCAACGAUAUGUCAGGAAAUCGUCGAAACACCCUACAGGAUUCGAAAUAAAGACAGAGGGAGAAAGGGGAGAGACACAGAGGGAAGCGCAUGCCAGGAUAAUUUUCCCAGGUAGUACCGAAUGUUCAUCUUGUGUGGCGAAGUUUUGCCAAUUACUCUACCGGGUAAACAAUCUCCAGACAUGAAUGUAACAGGAGAGACCAGUAUCAUUCCAUUUAUCAAUGCACACACACAAAUUGCAUUAUCA